UCCUUCGUUCCGUUGAAGAGUAUGGCAGAACCUACCACAAGUAUAAACAAGGGAGGUACCUUAUGCCUAACGAUGAGGUAAGUUAACUGCAACCCGGCCCCUUAAACCCAGCUGACGUCGCAUAUCAUGCAGCAAGAACAGCAAAGACUUGAACUUCAACAUUACAUAUAUAAAGUAGCACUCGGUGGGCGCCUUCACCUAGCCCCAGUGGAAAACCCAAAUAGGGUUAUUGAUAUUGGAACCGGCACGGGUGUAUGGGCUGUGGAGUUUGCGGAUUCCAACCCACAGAGCGAUGUCCUCGGCACAGACUUGAGUCCCAUGCAAUCCUCGUAUACAGCCCCAAACUGCCGCUUCGAAAUCGACGAUAUCGAGGACGACUGGAUUUUCAACCAUAAAUUUGAUUACAUCCACGGCAGAUCCAUAUCCACGCAUAUGAGGAACGUGCCGAGACUCUGUGCUGCCAUGCUCAACAACCUGAAUCCUGGCGGCUGGGCUGAACUCCAAGAUGUGAUUGCCGAAUUCAAGACUUUCGACCGCACGAUAGAGGGAACCGCACUGCAACAAUGGAACCGCCUCAUGGUGGAAGGGGUGAGGAACUUGGGACGCGACAUGCGCGCAGCCCGCUCCAACAAGCGGCGGAUGGAGGAAGCAGGGUUUCAAAACAUCGUGGAACAUAGAUUGCCCAUCCCCGUGAACCACUGGCCCAGGGGCGCACAACACAAGAACCUCGGCAGGGAUCAAAUGAGAAGCGCUCUCGAUGGCAUUCAAGCUCCAACAAUUCAGGUCUUAUCCAAAGGGCUGGGCUGGUCGAGGGAGGAGGCAGAGGUGUUUCUCAUAAAUGUUCGAAAAGAAAUCCAGAACCCACAUAUUCAUUCAUAUUUUGAAAUGAUUGUCGUUUUUGGCCAGAAGCUACCAAGGUAGAGAGGACGACAGUGGGACGGAUAACAGAGAUACGGAAGGAACAUUUCUCUCGAGCAUUUAGGACGUCAUUUGAAUACAUCGGGUAGAUUGCAUAAGUAGCAGAUGCACGGACGGAUGCAAUCUGCCACUGUCAUCUAUACCUCUACGCAUCAU